GGGUGCAGUCGGCCCAGAGAUAAUCUAAAAAUAUGGCUCCUGUUAAAAAUAGACAUUUUGUGAAAACGAAACCGAAGUUUUUUAGCAAAUACAAGAAGUACUUUACUUUUGAUUUUUGUGAAAAGUUGCUGUUCGACCCGUCCUAUCUGUAUCCAGUAUGUUUGGUGAUUUUUGUCUGCGAGGUGUUGUUAAAUAUCUUCAUAAUAGAAAAGGUGAACUAUACGGAAAUAGAUUGGAUAGCUUAUAUGCAGGAGGUUGAAGGUUUUUUGAAUGGGACGUGGGAUUAUCAAUAUUUAAAAGGUGAUACAGGACCUUUGGUUUACCCUGCAGGUUUUGUUUACAUAUAUUCAGGUCUUUACUACAUUACAUCAUAUGGGAAAAACAUUCAUUUGGCCCAAUACAUAUUUUUAAUGUUAUAUUUGGCCCAAAUUGCUUUGUUCUACAGAAUCCUAAUCAAAACAUUAAAAAUCCCACCGUAUGCUUUGAUGUUGAGCACUAUAACAUCAUACAGAAUACAUUCAAUAUUUGUAUUAAGAUUAUUUAAUGACCCCAUAGCCGUCCUUCUGUUUUAUGCCAGUCUAAACUUGUUCAUUUCGAACAAAUGGAUUUUGGGGAGCAUUUUUUACUCUCUCGCCGUCUCAGUUAAAAUGAAUAUACUUUUAUAUGCGCCUUGUUUGUUGAUAGCCUACUUAACCAACUUGAACAUCAUAAGAACCAUAUUGCAUUUAAUUAUAUGCGGUUUGAUACAAAUUUUAGUAGCGGUACCAUUCUUAUACACCAACUACUACACCUACUUGAAAGGCAGCUUUGAUUUGGGUCGCGUUUUCGAACACAAAUGGACUGUCAACUACAGAUUCUUACCCCGAGAAUACUUUGAAGACAAAUACUUUCACAUAGGACUCCUAGUUAUCCAUGUCGGCUUACUUAUAUUAUUCACACCAAAAUUAAAGCAAUAUUUAUCGAGUUACGCCAAAUUAAACCUCAUAACCACCCAUCUAAAAACGCAGUUAAGAAGGGAACAGAAAAAAAAACAGAAGAAAGAUUCGAAAUUAAACAAAGUCGAGCAAAAGUUUGUGGAUAGCUUUGAAAAACAGCUCAGAACCAAUGGGAACAAGCGAGAAACAAUCGAGGAUGUCAUGGACGACAAAACCAAACUACAAAACAAGAUGUCCAAGAUUACACAACUCUUUGUUUUACCAUUUUUCAUUACCAACCUUAUCGGUGUUGCAUGUGCAAGAUCAUUGCAUUACCAAUUCUACUCCUGGUAUUUUCACAGCCUAUUAUACCUAGUUUUUUGUUCGGGAUAUCGCAAACAAACAAUGUUCCUCAUUUUAGCGAUAUUGGAGUAUUGCUGGAACGCCUAUCCGAGCACCAAUUUUUCAAGUGUUUUAAUGCACAUUUGCCAUGUUUGUUUGAUUAUAGGUGUUUAUAAGACAAUGAACCAAAGUAAAUCUGUGAUUACACCUUAA